AUGCCCGUCGCGGCUAAGAUCUCGUUACAAAUAAACCAUUUCACAUAUAUCAAGUCGGUGGCGCUCGAGGCCAAGGAGUCGGGGUUUUUCUCGCUCCCCCUCGCCUCAUUGAAAGUGAAGCUAUCUCUGAUCGACAAUUACUGGGAGAAAUUCGAUCAGGAACACGAGCGACUCUCGGAUCUGAAGGUGGACUCAUUGCUCGAGCUCGACUAUUUCCGGGACGGUGUAUAUGACCAAUAUUACGCCGAGGUUAAGGCUACACUCGCCUAUCUCAUUGAGGAGAAGGAUCGAUCGAGCUCCUUUUUGGGAUCCAAAUUAACUAAUCUCUCUCUCCCCGGACCAUCAACGGCACGCAGCCAUCUCCCGGAAAUCUCUCUUCCACAAUUCGACGGAGACUUCUCGGCGUGGAGACCCUUCCACGAUCUCUUCUCAUCUUUGGUCGGCAGAGUCCAUGACAUAUCUAAUGUCGAGAAAAUGCACUAUCUCCGGACCAGCCUCACUGGGGAGGCUGCUCAGCUCAUCUCUAAUCUGCCCGUCGCGGAGGACUCAUUCGCAGCAGCCUGGGACUUGCUCGUCGAGCGAUUCGAGAAUAAGCGGCUCUUGAUCUCAUCGCAGGUAGAGCGGCUGUUCGCCAUCAAAGCCAUGGCUGCUCGAUCGGCACGUGAACUUAACGCUGUUCUUAACACCACCACGGAGGCCCUCAAUGCCCUGUAG